AGCGGUCUGUGGAUCGUCAUGACGACUGUCAAUGGCGAGGGCCGGGCCGAGGAAGUCGGCAAGGCCGAGCGCGCGGUGCAGCACGACGGCACGGGGCCGACGCUGCGGAAGGCCGUCUCCGCGGCCACAGAGCCCGCGGCUGCGUCGUCAGCGCAGAGCGACGGCACUGGGUCCGCAACGAAGGCGGCGGCCAAAGGCCGGGGCCUUCGCCUGGAGCUCCCCAGCAACCCGGUGAUCAUAGGCGCAGCGGUGCUGCUCCUCGGGGCCGGCGCCCUGUGUUCCCGCGGGCGCCCUAGGGGCCACCACUUCGGCGCCAAGCUCCACGGCCUCGGCCUGCAGGGCUCGGGCCUGCAGCCGCCGGUCGCGGAGCAGGCAGAUGCGGCGGAGGACGCGGGCGCCGCAAGUUCGCUCGAGGACAUCCUCCGGAAGCUGGAGGACGGCCAGGAGGCGCCAGUCGACUUGUCCUCGGCGGCCGAGGCCGGGGGCGAGGCCGCCCGGGAGCGGAAGGCGUCCAAGAAGAGGCCCAAGAAGGCGAAGAAGCCCCGAGCGCAGGAGGCCGAGGCGCCGGCCGCCGCGGCGGCCCCGGCGGAGGCGCCAGAGGCCGCCGAGGAGCCGCUGUCGGAGCAGGCCAGCAGACUGGAGUCCGAGAGGGUCGAGCUCCAAGAGCAGGCGGCGCGGCCAGCGCCGGAGGAGGAGGAGGCCCCAGAGCUCAAGGAGGACCCGGGACCCCUUGCUAGAGCCACCCUGCAGCAGCUGGAGUCCGCCUCCCAGCAGCCGGGCGGCGUCGGCGAAGGGGAGCUGCAGGAGGCGAAGGAUGCGCUGAGGCGCAUGGAGGAGGCCGGCACUGCGAGCAAGGACUCGGACAUGAAGGUCGAGGAUGUAGGUGAAGAGGAGGAGGAGGACCCGCGGGUGCACGAGAUCAUGGAGGAGGUGCUGGAGAAGAUCUCCAAGGCAUCGAAGUCCAAGUCCGCCAAGGUGACCAAGAGAAAGGUGAAGGCUGCCAUCAACAACGCCCUCGAGAAGCUGGAGGCCCUGGGCGACUCCGCGAGCCGAGACGAUCUGAAGGAGCGCCUCCGGGACAUGUUGGAGCUCGAGGAGGACGAAUCACCCAAGUCCAAGAAGGGCAAGGCCGAGAGGUCGAAGAAGGAAGAGGAGGAGGCGGAGCUCCACAUGGACUUCGCGCAGCGCGUGAAGGAGGAGACUGCAAAGAAGCUGGACUUCAGCAUUGCCGAUGUCAAGGAGGAGUUCAGGCAGACGUACGGCAAGGACGCCAAGUCCCUGAUGUGCUCCGGCUGCAAGCUGGUGGCUGCCCGACUGGCCCCGGAGCCGUGCGCGGACGGGUACCAGAGCAACGAAGAGUUCAGGGACAAGGUGGGCAACCUCAAGGAGAACAUCAACUUCCCACCCAACGACGAGAUUGAAGAACUAGCGAGCUCCGACAGUCCUGGCGGACGCCUGGCUAACGACGCGACGACCACCCUGCAAGAUCACCUUCAGGCCGAUCCGCGCCACCCUGACCCACCUACGCUGGGGCACCCGCUGCAGGGCGAGGGGCUGGCCUUCAACGAAGCGCCGAACAGGCUCAACCAGCGGGGCGCAGCCCUUGCAGACUAA